CGCCCCGUAGACAAUAGCAGUUCAGCAAAUGUUAAGAUCUAAUCAGCAGUCAGGUGAACAUAAUUGCAUUUCAAACGCUUUACCUUUGUUUACGUUAAGAUUUCAUUCCUCAUAAUUCUUUCACUCGAUGGUGAACGGUCAGUUACGGUGAAACAGGUGGAGAAGGUUAUCACCAGUUCCCGCGAAAGGAUAACAGUGCAUACCAAAGCUGCAAAUACUGAUUAGCUAUGGAUUCUCUUCUAUUUCCAGGUCAAGAGCGAGUAAAUCAACUUGGAGGUGUCUUUGUCAAUGGUAAGCCAUUACCUAAAGCACUGCGCAUCAGAAUUAUCCAACUGGCACGCUUAGGUGUUAGAGCAAGCGACAUAAGCCGACAGCUACGCAUCUCCCACGGAUGUGUCAGCAAGAUCCUUAACAAAUUUUACGAGACUGGUUCCAUUGAGCCCGGAGCCAUCCCUUCUUCUAAGAGCCGUGAUGUCACUCCAGAAAUAACCAAAAGAAUCGAAGCGUUUGUCUAUGAGCAACCUGAUAUAUUUUCUUGGGAAGUGCGAGAUCGCUUGCUCUCAGAAGGAAUAUGCAUCAAAGCAAAUUUACCAUCUAUGGAAGCAAUAAGCCGACUGCUAAAGAGCAAAAGUAACAAAGUUAAUCGUGAAUUUCCCCAUGGUUCCUCGGCGAAUUUCGAACCCAGCUUCUUUGGUUCGGAAUCGGCUAAGCAGGAACAAGACAUCACCGAAAAUCCAAAAUUUGAAGCGUCGUUCUCUAUCUCUAACAUUCUAAAUUUGGCGGGAAAAAGCGAGGAGAUAAAGGCAUGCGAAAAUGGAAUACAAGAAGAAGAAUGCGAGGAUGUGGAGAUACGGGAUGAAAAAGCAGAACGCACUUCAAAAGGAAAACAGGGACUUUUCUCGGGAAGAUGCAACCAGGAGCUAUUUUUUAGCCGAAAACCACGUCGGGGUCGUACAAAAUUUUCCGCAAAUCAGGUGGAAGAGCUAGAGAGAGCUUUCACCAAAACCCAUUAUCCAGAUGUGUAUACCCGAGAGGAACUGGCGCAGAGAUUAGAAUUGUCUGAAGCAAGAGUUCAGUGUAGCGGAGUUGCUAGGAAACAAAAAGGCGUCAAGAUGAGCGUUUGGAAUACCAAAGCGGAAAAAUUGCAAGGUGUGGUUUUCAAACCGCAGAGCUCGCCUCAGAAAAGAGGAAUACUAUACGGACACAAAUCAAACGAGCCGGGAGUUGUCGAAAGGAUCUCACAGUUAUCCGGCACUUACUACGUCCGCAGCAACUUACACUCGAAUAUUUUUUCCGAACGGAGCUUCCUAUAUUGUUCCUCACUACUGACUUCAGUGAGUAAAUGAAAUAUGUUAUAUUAUCAUAAGGAACUACAAAUAGUUAUCGUCCGGUAGAGCUGAGAAGUUCACGGAGACGUUUCAGCUAUAUAAAAAGAAUAAUUGUUAGUGCCACAGAUGUUAAACAGGCAACAUGGCUGAAUUUGCUGUUUUGAGGUUAUGUCUACUUUAAACUGAGACUUGACUAGAUAUGGCACUCCAGCGAACAUACCGACUUGAGGGACGAUGUAGAUGGUGCAUCAAGCCAAAUACUCAAGCUAAUUUAUUUUUCUUUCUACGCAAAGGCUAAAUUUCUGUUAAAUAUAAAAAAUACAUUUUUCAAUACUUAUUUUAUACGUGGAGGAAUUCGUUUUAGAGUCCAAGUCAAGUUUGCCGCAUGACCUAUAAAAUCAAAUUGAUUUGCACUAUACAAUUGCUUGUUUUCAAGCAAACAUUAGACAUAAAUAUUUGAAAGAUGUUUUUUUGAACCACGAUAAUUUAUUAUAUUAAUAACUGGCUCCAUUUUGAUAUUUGUCAAGCGAAAUUGUAUUAUAUUUAACUUUAUAGCUAAACUUAUAAAUUGCUCAUUAUAACCAGGGUGUAACGUUUUCAUUAGAAGCCAUAAUUGGUCACAAGCGCGUACGCUUUUGUUCAAUAGUCUAUGACCUAGCAAAAUCAAAUCAAAGUGGACCAAAAUAUUUUAUUUUCUAACGUAUGGAGAGAGCCCCCCACUAAUUAGUUAAUACUGAACUUAAUAGUGAGUAACGAGCUUAAUGAAAAGCUUUGAUUAAAAUGGCGUAAGAAUUUGA